CGUCAACUCCCAUAGCUCCAUAGCCUCCAUUUGUGUAUUCCGUAUACACGCGCUUCGAGAUUUUCUUACUUAUCUGAUUUUUUCAGACCAAACAUCAAACAAGAAAACACAUUUGUCCGAGUUUCUUUGGAGAGCUGUGCCUUCAAGAAAUCGAAAGAGAGCUUCUUUUCCCUUUCUACGAUUCCAGAAUAUAUCUAUAGGUCAACAACGUAUUUUUGCAUUGAGGGUAAACUGUGAGGGAUGGCUGAUCAUCUAAGUUCAUGUACCGACCGUCUCGUAACAUCUGAUCACCUGAAUUCAGAGAGAGGAUCAAUUGAAUCUUCUGGAGAAAGUUCCAGAGCUCAGGGCACCACAAGCCUUUCUACUACUAAAUCGAUGAAUCAUGAAACCGAGAGAGAAGAAGCAACGGAACAGAACGAUGUUGAUGAUGAAGAGGAACCGCUUAUCCAAUCAGUUGAAUGCCGUAUAUGCCAAGAGGAGGAUUCCGUCAAGAACCUCGAGUCCCCUUGUUCUUGUAGUGGCAGUUUAAAGUAUGCUCAUCGGAAGUGUGUUCAACGUUGGUGUAAUGAGAAAGGCGACACAAUCUGUGAAAUAUGCCACAAGUCUUAUCAAUCUGGCUACACAGCUCCACCGCCUCCUCCCGCUGAUGAUACCGUAAUUGAUAUCGGUGAAGAUUGGGCCAAUGGUGUUCCCUUAGACUUGAACGACCCGCGCAUUUUGGCAAUGGCGGCUGCAGAACGCCAUUUCUUUGAUGCAGACUAUGACGAAUACAAUGAUUCUAACUCAAGUGGAGCUGCGUUUUGUCGCUCCGCUGCUCUUAUCUUAAUGGCGCUUUUAUUGCUACGACACGCCCUGAACCUUUCAAACAACAACUCAGACGACGAAGAAGAUGAUCCAUCAACUUUCUUCUUUCUUUUCAUGCUUCGUGCCGCCGGUUUUCUCCUCCCAUGUUACAUCAUGGCUUGGGCUAUUAGUAUAUUACAACGCCGGAGACAAAGACAGGAAGCAGCCGCUCUGGCCGCUGCAGAAGUAGCGUUCAUGUUACACAGCGGCGGUGGCGGUGGAGGAGGACAACGCAGAGGAGGAUUGCACUUUGCAGUAGCACCUGAGCUGAUUUCUAAUCCACAACACCAUCCUGAAGCUUCACCUCCGCAAUGAUUUAUAUUCCGGAAUCACUGGUACAAGAGACUAAAACAUCAUCCACAACUUUGGUCUCUUUCCUCUCUGUCUGUAACUAGCUGUUUGUUGUUUAUCGGUCUUGUUCGGAGCAAAACUCGAAACUGAGAUUAAAACAAUUAUACGGGAAGUUUCUCUGUCUAUGUUCAUACAGACGGGGACAAGAAAGAUUGUUUACCGAUUUUACUUUUAUG